AUGUCGGCUGAAGACAAAGAGAAAAUUGUGACAGGAGUACUCGGGAGGGAUCCUGCUUAUUUAUAUACGGUUAAAUCCGCCAGCAUGGGUAAUAUUGAAAACCUUUGGGAAGAUGCGUUUGCAAGGAAGAAGGGAAAAGAUGAUGCAGGCAUAGCAAGUACACGGGAAUAUGAAGCUAAAAGUAGUUCCAAGUGCAAGACGAAAAAGAACAGGCUAGCCUGGACUAAUGAGUUGCAUCACAAAUUCUUGGAAGCCAUUGAACACUUGGGAAUUGCAAGGGCUUCUCCAACCAGAAUUCUAGAGUUCAUGAACACCCCAGGAGUAACCAAACACCACAUAGCAAGUCAUUUGCAGAGGCAUCGUCGGAGUUUGAAGCGAAUUCAAGAAGGAAUAAGUUUUCUAUUCCCAGAGCAGCAGCAUUCUCCUCCCAGUGGCACCAUUUCCAUGCCCCCUUUGGCUUCUGCUCGUUUUCUCAGCUCCCAAGCGCCCAUCUGCACCAUAUCAGACUGCAGAAAUUCCACCGGAGGAAUGAAACUGCAACAUGAGAUUCCGUUUCCCAUCAGUAAUUCCUCAGCAGCUGGGAAUUAUGUUGGAUUUAUAAUGGGUAGUAAUGGUUAUGAGAUUAAAAGGAAUUCUUAUGAGAAUACUUACGGUGGUACUAUUACUGAGUACGUUUCAGCAUCUGCUGGGUCUUCACUUCACCAGCAGAGGCAAGUUUCUGUGACACCAUUGAAGCACAAACUACACUGCUUUGAGAUCGAUGAAGAAUUUGAUUUGCUUUUGGAUGAGAUUGCAAGCAGUGCUCCUGAAUUUCUUAUGGAUGGUGAUUUCGAUGAUAUAUUCUUGAAUUAG